AUGGCGUCUCGAGGCGGUGGCGGUGGUGGUGGUAGAAGGGUGCUCCUUCCCCCCAUCAACUUCAUCUUCAAGCUCUUGCAACAGCACUCGACUGUGCAGAUUUGGCUCUACGAGCAGCUUGGCAUUCGUAUCGAGGGCAAGAUUAGAGGCUUCGACGAAUUCAUGAAUCUCGUAAUCGACGACGCGGUUGAGGUCAAGAUAGCAACAAAAGAGGAGGCGGAAAGUAGAAGGGAGCUCGGCCAAAUACUUCUAAAAGGCGAUAAUGUAUCAUUGAUACAAAGUUUACAGUAA